AGACCAAGAUGGAGAAAACAAAGAUGCUUGUCCUCUCUGUCUUUUUGACUUUCAUGUUACUGGGCUGCACUGAGGAGGUUCCUGUAACACCCUGUGGCUCCUGCACAAAUGCAACAAUGACCAGCAACAACACCAAACCAACUGGUACCACCCAACCUGCAGCGGCAACCACACCACUGCCCGGUCACACCUCUACUCAUGUAACCACCAACAACCACAACAAUGCAACCAAAACGCCACCUUCCACUUCCUUCACCUCAGCUGUCUCCUCACGCACCACGGCUAAAAACACUUCUUCACAGCACCCCGCAAAGUCGACGCCACCAGCUGGGACAACUCGUCCUACAACAUCAGCUGCAACAUCUUCCUCCUUGUUCGGGCCCUGCAGUCAACUACUGGUGCCUGCCAUCUCUGUCCUGCUCUGUGGUGUAUUGGGCUGAAGGUGUAAAACUAAAAAAAUCACCACUCUUCAAAAGAAAUAUGGGAUUUUUGACAGAGCCUCUUAUCUAAUGGCUCUUACAGUGACUCUUAUAUCAUAUUAGGGCUAUGAAAUGCUUUGUUUGCACUGAACUCUUUUCCGCUUUUGAUCAAGACUGCUCCACACUAUCUCAAUAAAUAAUGUAUAAUGCAAUGCUUCAGAUGUGAAUCACACAGUGAACAUAA